GCAGACGCUGUGAUUAAUGUAUUAUGCUGUUAUGCUUAUAAUGGUAUAAUAGACAAGCUCGUUUGGAGGUCUGUAGGCUGCCCAGAGGCAACCUAAUUGGAAUGGCAUAUAAGCCUGUAAAACAAACAAAAUAUGCCCAUUGGACUCUAGGGACACAUGAAUUACAGCAUGGAAGCCCUGGUUAAAAUCAGGAAUGAAAACCAUUCUGACCUGUGAUUUAAAUGAAGAAGCCCUCCUGCUGAAAUAAAACCCUUUUAUUUGCAAGGUUAUAGGUUCUGUUCUGGUGUGACCACUUGGUGCUCCAAUGAAGGACUCCUUGACCCUCCUGUCCCGCAUCCCGGCACACCCAGAUUCCUGCUGCUGGUUCCUAGCCUGGAAUCCUACAGGGACGCUUCUGGCUUCUUGUGGUGGGGACCGUAGCAUCCGCAUCUGGGGGAAAGAAGGUGAUGCCUGGGUGUGCAAGUCUGUUCUGGGUGAAGGACAUCAAAGGACCAUCCGCAAGGUGGCCUGGUCCCCCUGUGGGAACUACUUGGCUUCAGCCAGCUUUGAUGCAACCACCUGCAUUUGGAAGAAGAACCAGGAAGAUUUUGAGUGCGUAGCUACUCUGGAGGGCCAUGAGAAUGAGGUGAAGUCUGUAGCCUGGGCCCCGUCUGGCAGCCUCCUGGCUACCUGCAGCCGAGACAAAAGCGUCUGGGUUUGGGAAGUGGAUGAAGAGGACGAGUAUGAAUGCAUGAGUGUCUUGAAUUCCCACACGCAGGAUGUCAAACACGUUGUUUGGCAUCCUAACCAAGAGCUGCUGGCAUCUGCCAGUUACGACGACACUGUCAAACUGUACCGGGAGGAGGAAGAUGACUGGGUGUGCUUCAGCACUUUGGAAGGACACGAGUCCACUGUGUGGAGCUUGGCUUUUGACCAGAGCGGAGAACGGCUGGCUUCCUGCAGCGACGACAAGACUGUGCGCAUUUGGCACCAGUUUAAGCCAGGCAAUGAGCAAGGCGUGGCCUGUAGUGGUCCCGAUCCCACUUGGAAAUGCGUUUGCACCCUCUCUGGUUUCCACACCCGGACGGUCUAUGACAUGGCAUGGUGCCACCUGACGGGUGCUUUGGCCACUGCUUGUGGAGAUGACGCCAUCCGGGUGUUUGAGGAAGAGCCUCUCUCGGACCCUCAGCAGCCCACCUUCUCCCUGACUGCCCACGUGGCCCGGGCGCACUCUCAGGACGUGAACUGUGUGGCUUGGAACCCCAAGGAGCCGGGGCUGCUGGCUUCGUGCAGUGACGAUGGAGAAAUGGCCUUCUGGAAGUACCAGCGCCCAGAGGCUUGCUGAGCACGUGGUUGUCUCCAGCGCGGUCCACAAGCACUGGAUCCCCCAGAAAAGGCAACUAAACAUCCUACAAAUCGAUUGAACGGUGUUACAGCCAUCUCUGUCCUUCCAGAAGUUACUGCAGUUCCCAGGUGAGAACUACUAUCCAAAAGGAACACACUGGCUUCAGCUCAAGAGGGAAUCUGAUGGUUCUUCGGUAUGGAUCCAGGUUUUUGCCCAGGCAGGCUGCGCUGAAGCUGGAUUUCCAAGGUAGGCCUGAAGUGAACCUUGGAAAGCUUUCCUAUCCCUGCUGCACUGGCUUCAGUCAGUGAAACAACAGGCUUUAGAUGCUGGUUUCUACUUAGCAAGCCAGACUCCUAAAGAUGUCUGGUGGGGGUGUUAUGAAGGGAGAAGAGCAGUUACUGUGACAUCUAUAAAAUGAAUAAAAUGUAACCUCUGCUGUUGUU